GCUGGAGAAGGCUGACAUGACUGUGUCAUUCACUCCUGUGAAGAGUGAAGAUGUUAAAGUGGAAGCUCAUUCCUCGCAACCUAAUCACAGAAAAACUGAACAAAUGGAGACAGGAGGUGAUGGAGAGGACUGUGGAGGACCAGAACCAGACCGCAACUCGGGUCCAGCCAGUCCUCCAGAUACUGAUAAGAAAACUGGAGACUCUUCUGAGACUGAGGACAGUGGUGAUUGGAAUGAGACCAGAGAACCUCUGUCUGGUGAAGAGUUUGUCAGUGAUUCUAGAUGUAGAACAAGUGAGAAACCUUUGAUCUGUUCUGAAUGUAAGAAAACAUUUGGUUGCAUUCAGAAGCUGAGGAAACACAUGAUGACCCACACAUCAGAGAAACCUUUCAGCUGCUCACAGUGUGGUAAAUGUUUUACCCAAAAGAGAAAUCUAAAAAUACACGAGAGAUUGCACACAGGGGAGAAACCUUUCAGCUGCUCACAGUGUGGUAAAUGUUUCACCCAAAGGGAAAGUCUAAAUGUACACAUGAGAUGUCACACAGGGGGGAAACCUUUCAGCUGCUCACAGUGUGGUAAAUGUUUCACCCAAAGGGAAAGUCUAAAUGUACACAUGAGAUGUCACACAGGGGAGAAACCUUUCAGCUGCUCAGAUUGUGGUAAAGGUUUUACUACAAAUGGAGAUCUAAAGAAACACAUGCGACGUCACACAGGAGAGAAACCUUUCAGUUGCUCAGAUUGUGGUAAAUGUUUCACCGGAAGGGGAAGUCUAAAUGUACACAUGAGAUGUCACACAGGAGAGAAACCUUUCAGCUGCUCAGCUUGUGGUAAAUGUUUCACUCAAAAGGGAUAUCUAAAAUUACACAUGAGAUGUCACACAGGAGAGAAACCUUUCAGUUGCUCACAGUGUGGAAAAUUUUUCACCCAAAGGGGAAAUCUAAAAAUACACAUGCGAUGUCACACAAGGGAGAAACCUUUCAGCUGCUCAGAUUGUGGUAAAUCUUUCACUGAUUGUAGAAAGCUGAAGAUACACAUGUAUUGUCAUUCAGGGGAGAAACCUUUCAGCUGCUCACAGUGUGGUUAACGUUUUACUAGAAGAAGAGAUGUGAAGAGACAUGAGAUGUCAUACGCUGUGUAAAUCUAAAAGUCCACAUGAAAUCUCAGAUGAGAAUCCCCUUUAACGUCUUUCCCCAAUUUACAUCACCGUUUCCCACGUGAGUUUUGAAUAUCCGUCGUAAAGCUAUAAUGACACAUAUUUGAAACUACUCUUAAUGUUCACAAUUACAUCCAACUAUCUAAAAAUUCCUCACAGGGAUUUUUUGGGACGACACUCUUUAAUUGGGAUGACACUCAUGCUUUGUUCUUCCUGUGCUCCCGAGGGUUUUGGGUCACAGGAUGUCACGUGUGAUAUACAAAAUGAAAUUAAUUGAAUAAUCUUCUGACAGAUGGUCUGAAGUUCAUAUUCCGAGAACAAAAUGUUCUUGUCAGUCACACACACACAAACUAUAAACUAUGCUAAGCUAUUAAUUUAUUGGAAAGGUGUAAUCUAAGGCAGUGAUUCUAAACCAUCGGUCCGCGAGCGCCACCUAGAGAGUUUUACCCGUGGGCCGCAGUUGAAAUAUUUCUACUCUGGUUAAAAAAUUACAACAGUCUUUACGGAGACAAGUAACAGAGAUAAGCCACGCCCCUUCCAGGCGCACAUGAAGUGGGACAUGAAUGAAACAAAAUAACUAGUUGGGUGAGUAAACAGUGGCGUAAAUCCCCUUGGCAUUUUAAGUGUGAACGUAGCAUAACGCUCUCCACCAAAGCAUUGAAGCCAUCAAAAUUAAAGCGGAUGCCGUCAUCUCACUGACUUGCAACUCUAAAUCUUACUUAAAAGCCAGCUGUCUUUUUCUCUUCCAGGAAGUGUUAGUGUUGUUUUUGCAGGUUUACAUACAGAUAAUAAAUAAAUGUCCUUGUGAUGAUCACUGUGUCAGGUUUUUGCUUUUUUUAAUUUUAUUUAGUCAUUGAAUACAAAUCCAACCUAUAAUUAUAUCAAUUAGUUAAUACAAAAUAGUGUUAAUAUUUGAACGGGCGCCUGGGCAUAUUUGUACAUUUGGGCCCUGAGGUCAAAAGGUUAAUAACUCCUUAUCUAAGGCAUGUUUCCCACUGUUAACAUUGUAACAUUACCCAACCUUAUAUUGUCCUGUCCAAUGUUGAAAUACAAGUUUGACUGAUUUUUAUGUUCCAUUUGUGUUACUGCAAGCUGUCAUAUUAUCAAUGUAUUAAUGCAUACAUUUCCGUGAACCAAAUUCUGUUUUGCAUUUUUUAUGUGCAGAAAAAUACCAGAAGGCCUUUUAAUGUUUUUCAUGCAUUGAGUUCUUACUCUUGUUUAUAUUGUUUUAACGUUUUUUUAGGAAACUUUUUUUAGUCUUUAGUUUUCCUAGUCAAUCCUCAUAUUG